CUACCUUCAUGAUGUUUUGAAGAGAUCUAAGAUGACUGAGAUGGUAGCCUUUGUUGAUCCUGAUCAUACGGGUGCACUUGGCUGUGGAAAUCCUACUGAACGAGCUCGGUCUUUGUCUAAUCGGUUCCAAAAUGGAAAGCCUGGCCAGAUUUAUUUGGUGCCGUAUAACUCAGGUUCUCAUUGGAUGUUGUCUGUUGUGAAUCCCGAUGAAGAGAUCAUUUACUUUAUGGAUCCGUUAAAGAGGAGCCUCAUAACUGGUGAAUGGAAAACAAUUUUGGAUAACUCCAUUAAAAUCUACAAUGCUAACAAGAAUAGGAAAGGGAGGAAAUUAAUCCAGUGGAAAAAUCUUGCUGGCAUUCCUGAGCAAAAUGGUGGCAAGAGUUGUGGUUAUUGGAUCAUGCGUUACAUGAAGGAGAUAGUGGAAGACACAAAUUUGGAGUUUGCUACUAAGGUAUUUGAGCAGCUUCCAAUACCAUUAUAUACUUUAUUUCAUGGUUUGAUGAAUAUAAUCUUCAUAUAUCAUAUAUACUAUGUUUUUUUUUUUUUUUUUUUUUGCAGUGGGAUAGAAGAGCAAAUCUUGUUUACACAGAAAAGGAUAUUGAUGAAGUUCGGGCUGAAUGGGCGAAACAUGUUAUGAAGUUUGCACAAGUGUAGUGCGCACAAAGAGGAUCUGUGGUAUAUGCAUAGUUAGGGCUAGCUGUUUUUGUGCAUAUUGACAUUGAAUGCAUAGCUAGAUUAUGGAGGGUUUUUUUGCCUAACUAAUAUGAUCGACUUUUGCCUUUAUCGAUCAUAUUUUGACCUCCUAACAGAUUACUCAACUUGUAGGAUGGAUUGAUGGUAAUGUUGAAUAUUGAUGUAGUUUGCUG